AUGGUCUACAUUCAGGGACCUCCUAUGAACGGAUUUGAAAUCCCCAUGGACAUGGCAGCUGGUGGCCCAUUUGCCCCUGACCAAUUUGGUUUUACUUAUAUGGAUGCGGCUUCCCAGCAUAACUUCUUCAAUUUCGAUAGAAUUACUGCUCAAAGUCUAGAAAAUGCAGGCAAUCAGGGCACUGCAGCAUUCGUGGACGCUACAGCUGUUCCAGCAUUCUCGGCUACUCCCGCCGCUCCAAUUUUUUCUCCAACUACCCCAGCGACACCCGUUACUGCAGUCAAUUUAGCUAGUCAGGCAGCCCCGAUUACUGUGAAUGUCGGAGAAGCAAAGCAGCCUAGACAGCCCUGCAGAGCAGGCACUGACGACCCUGAAAAUUAUACUGAUGCCGUCCCAUCUCAAAGCUCCUGGAGCUUCGACAAUCUUCCUGAUAUACUCUAUGUUUUCAGGGGCCCAGACAGGCCUAGAGGCAAUAUCAAUGUUCCUCUUAAACCAUCACCCUGGCCCGAACAUCCACCAAUGAGAGCCUUCGAUCUACUACCCGAUCGAAUUUCAAGCAACGUCGAAGAAUUCCGCGUGGAAGCCUGGAUGCGUUUGGACAGACGCAUUCAACUCCGUGACAUCACAGAUCGUAUGAACCCAAAAUACCGAAUAUUUACAAACACGUUACAGCAGCGUGGUGUUCGAUUCCGACAGGCAUUCUCCAUUGCCUCUUGGGGGGUGUCAAGUAAACAGACUGACACCGUUAUCGAGAUUAUUCGAAGCAAAUUGAUUGAGAACGGGAUUGAUCCUAACCAUAACACUACCCGGGGUUUGACCCCUGGAGUAUACGUUGAUCAAAAUGGUAUUACUCAACGGAUCCCAACUCCAAAACAGUACUCUAAACGUCCAGAUACCACAAUCCGACGAGGCAUGGCUGCCCAAACCCUUAUCCUUGCACCAACAUUGGCUCAAGCAACUCAGGCCCUGACCCCAAAUACCACACCUGAAAAGAAAACUGCCACCUCCAAGUUCAUCCUUGUGACCCCAUCUUCUGUCGCAUCACCUUUACCAGCCACAGCUACUCCUCCUCCUCCUCCCGCAAUUCCAAAUGCAGCAGCAUCAGCAGCCGGUGGUUUGCCAACCCCUGACCGCUCCCCAAGCAACACCAUGCGGGCCCAGGUGCCUGCCAGGGCUACGGAUGAUGCGAUUUCCGACCCUCAGGCUGCUUGUGUUGUCACGCCAAUUCCUUCCGCCUCAGGCAAGGCCAUAGGGGUUAGAGCGCCCGACAUGGAGACUGUCAAUGCCAUAUUAGCUGGGACAAUGGAAAGCGUCCGCCAAGUAUGUCAAGACGACCUAGAUUUCGUCGACAAGCUCAACCUUGAGACCACUAUAAUGCAGGACCAUAUGAAAAGGCUUGAGGAGCAACGACGCCAAUCUUCUGACGAAGAAAGAUACUUUCAAGAAAUUGAGACAUAUUAUGAACGGUUCACCCCUGCUUCCUCGCCAGCCAGAAGUUACUCUACAGCCAAAUGGCCAAUUCACCUCCGCACUCGUACUUCUACUCGAGCUUCUGAACCUUUGACUAUUUCAAACCCAAAGACCACUCUUCGAAAAGUCCUGAACAGAAAUUGCAAAGGCUCGGCAUCACCACGGAUCCAGAAGAACCCUAUUUGGAAAGAUCCACGUUGUCCCUCUACCCGGAUACAUCAACAACUUCAAAGCCUUUGUGAUUCCACAAGCAAUGCCGAUGCCAGCGAUAUUGCCCACACUAUCAACGGCUAUCGUACCCCAACCGCAGCCCAAACUGGGCAGCAAAUUACAGGAACUCAAAUCUCCAAUGAAAGUCUCGAGGAUGAGGACAUUGAGCUUAUUGAUACCAGCGAUGACGAGGAUUUUGGAGACUCACAAAGUGAAUCUGGACACCAACAAGAAAAUCUAGACUAUUACAUACUGGCAAAGCUAAACGGAGUCAUUGUUCGUGAUAUCGUGGAGAACAACCCCAACGUCAAGACCGAAGACCACUUUCUCGGCCUUUGUCGUGAAUAUAUCAAAAGCAACGUGAACUUCCAAAUGGAAGAUAUGAAAAAUAGCAAUCUUCCUAGAUUAUCAGCCGAUAGCAAAAGCGCUUUUAUAGCCACGGAUGAUCUCAUGGAAGAUAUUGAACGCACUCCAACAUUAGCGGAACUCGUCAACAUAUACGAGCAUCCCAGUCAGCCAGAACACCCGAAUUUCUUAGCUACAAGCACUCUACGCGAAGAUAACCUCAAUGGGGACGCUCAUGAACGACUUACACGAGACACACAGGAUAUUAUCAGCCGGCCAUUGCAUGAACUUUAUGGCAUGACUGAAGUUGAGUUUGUCGAGAAAAUGAAAAAGUACGGUAUCUUUGGUCCUGUCGAUUGUGAACAUUGA